AGUAGACAGACGCUUUACCAUCUGAGCCACCAGGGAAGCCUACACCUCCACCUACAGUGGAAUAUUAUUCAGCCUUAAAAAGGAAGGCAAUUCUGACACUUGCUCCAACAUGAAUGAAGCUUGCACACAUUAUGCAAAGUGAAUAAGCCAGACACAGUAGGGCAAAAAUUGCCUGAUUACAGUAAUGUGAGGUCCUUAGAACAGUCAAACACAUGAGACAGAAAGAGCAGUGGACGUCAGGUGGUGGGGAGGAAGGAUGGGGAGUGAGUGUUUAAUGGGGACAGGGUGUCAUUCGGGAAGACAGAAAGUUCUUGAGAUGCUCAAGUGAUGACUGCCCAGCAAUGUGAAUGUACCGAAGGCUACACCUAAAUGUGGUUCAAACAGUACAUUUUAUAUUAUGUAUUUUCUACCUUAUUUUCACCCAAAAAAUUCAGAAAAGAGAAAAGGAAGGAAAGCAUGUGAACCUAGGGCACAUCUCAGAUGCAGACGCUGGUCUUCCUUUGUCCUGCCCGCACCCAGACGUCUGCCCCAGGGAGGCUAAAGCGGGGGACGGGCUCGAACAGUGGCCCUCCAUCUUCUCUUGAUGCUUCCAGGGCUGCGGGGGGAUGAAGGGACCCCGCAGAUGCUGAGGCUCAUCCUGGUGGGAAAAUCCGGGAGCGGGAAAAGCGCCACCAUCCUCUGGAGGAGGAUGUUAGAGUCCAAGCUCAGUGCUCGCCCGGUGACCCAGGCCUUCCAGCAGGGGCUCCACGCAUGGGCGGGGAGGGAGCUGCAGGUCAUCUACACACCUGAAAUCCUGUCCCGCUGGGCGGCGCCACGGGGGACCACUCAGGGCAUAGGCGAGGCCGGGGCCCACUUCCCACCUGGCCCUCACGCGGUGCUCCUGGUGACUCAGCUCUGCCGGUUCACCAAGGAGGACCAGUGGAUGGCUGGGAGCCUUCAGGAGGUGUUCGGGGCGGGCAUCCUGGCCCACACCGUCCUGGUGUUCACGCGGAACGAAGACAUAGACGGCUGCUCGCUGGGGACGUAUCUGCGGGAGACCGACAACCGGGCGCUGGCCAAGAUGGAGGAGGUCUGCUCAAGGCGACACUGUGGCUUCAACAACAAGGGGGACGGAGCCGAGCAGGAGGCCCAGCUGAGGGAGCUCAUGCGGUACUGAAACCCCUCCUGGUGGCAGAAGUUAACGAUUAACCAUGGUAUGCUCCCCACAGCGUGUAGACCCUAGACCAGUUGGACCUGAAGGACGAUGACGCUGACUCUUGCCUCACCACCAACCCAUCAGAAGAUUGUCCAAGAGCUGAUCACGCCCUCUUUGGACAAUAAAACUUCUCACUGUCUUCCCCAAGUGGGGAUAGAGGACUUUGAGGGCAUGAGCUCACUGUGUCCCCUUUUGCUUGGCAAAGCAAUGAAACUCUCCUUUUCUACCCAAAACUCUGUCUCCAAGAUUUGACUCAGCAUUGGUGGACAGAGAAGCUGAGCCUUCUGUGGUGACCCAAGGACAACAGAGCAGAUAAAACCAAGGCGGGUCUUGGAAUGCAGGAACAGAAAAACAAGACCCUUAUCAUCCUUCCUUCUCCCAUGUUGUAGCUAUUAAUGGAUUUCAGGUCCUCCUGAGCAGUAUAACCUGUCUCCCCUCCUACCCCAUAGAGAGAAGGCAUUUGCCUUACUCUUUCCCCCCACCUAGUAUAUGUACGUUACUCAUCCAGUCAGCAAAUCACCCGCAAGACCCCUAUCCAACCCCUUGCACUCCGGGUAUAAAAGCAGACUAAGAACCCCUGUUUAACAUCAGUUCUCCCUCGAGCUGGCCCACUGUUCUAACAGCGUCUCCCAGUCUAACAAACUUUAUUUCCCUCUCAUUCUGUCUCAUGUCUGGAAAUUCUUUUCCAACCUGCGCCCAGACCAUGGCACCUUCUGCAUCCUAAGUGAAGGAGAAGUGAGAAGCUGGGAUACAUGUAAGGUAUAGUUCGGGCUGAGGCAGAAAGAGGAAAGAUGACCUCAACAGAAGUAGGUUAGCUUUAUUCAGGCAAGGAGGGGCGAGAGUCGGCCUAACGACCAGGCUGAGCGCGGAAAGGGAUCAGGGAGGCUCCAUAUUUAUAGGGAGGUUUGUGGAAGCAAUAAGGAAAACAUUAAUCAGACAGGAUGUUUUGGAUAUUCUUUAGUUGAGAUGGCAUUUGUACUUGGGCAGGGGGUGAUAAGUCUUCUGGGCAGGUGUAGGGAGUGGAAGGUUUCUGGACAGGGGGUGAUAAGUCUUCUGGGCAGGUGUAAGGGGUGGAAGGUUUCUGGACAGGGGGUAAAAAGUCCCAGAUAGAUGCAACCGGCCUGGAGCAUCAGGGUGGGACCUAAAUUCUGUUUUAUUUUCUCCGGAGUACGAUGAUUCAGCAAGGGCCUUUGAAACUGUUGUUUUCUUUUCUAGGCCCAAAAGACGCCUUCAUUCCAGACGCUGAAAUCAUAAAAAAAAAAAAAAAAAAAAAAUGGGGAAAAGGGCACCGUAUCUCUCUGGCUACUUCCUGCUGGAUAGGGGCAACGAUUUGGUGUCUGGAAUGGAGGAUUGUCUUAGGGCCCAGGGUUUUUCUGAGCUUGGGGUGAGGCUCUCAAGAAGAAUGGUCUUUACCUGAAAUUGAGAGAUGAUCCGAAUCCGUUCUUGGAGAAACCUUUGAAAGAGAUUGAAGAGACAGGGUCCAAAUAAAAGGAAUAGAAUGAUAAGUACCAGUGGUCCCAGGAAAGGGAGCAACCAAGGGAGGACCUAUUGGAAUAGGUUUUAGGGACUGUAAAGGUUUUGUAACUCUUUUCUGCUGCAUUCAAUUCUGUCUCUAAGUUCUUUGACUCUGCCCUGGACUAUGCCCAUUUUAUUAACAAAAUAGCAGCAGUCCUCUCCUAGGAAAAGGCAGGUCCCUCCCUUUUCUGUGGUGAGAAGGUCCAGGGCUCGCCUAUUUUGUAGGGCCACAGAGGCUAAUGAGUUAAUUUGUCUUUGGAUUGAAACAAAGGACUCCACUACCUGCUCCGUGUCUUCAUUAAGUUCUUGGGACAGCUUGUAGUAAAAAUAGGCAGAGGUCGAGAGGCCUCCAAGCCCGGUGCCUAGGGCUGCUGCUAUGCCAGUCCCGAUCAGGAUGGGGGCUAUAACAGCUCGUCUUUUCCUGUGGGAAAGUUCCCCUUAGGGGUAGACUAUUUGUUCUACCUCUUCUUCUUUGAGGAAUGUUAGACCGGGGUCAGGAAGACCAAGAUGCAAGGUCCAGAGGGGUCCAAGGGGAGACAUGAAUAUGCAUAGGUCCCGCAGAGAAUGAAGAUUCCCAGAUUGGUGCAAUUAUUUGUGCUGUUCCAGAGGACCCAAGUGGAACAGAAGGAGGGAGCAGAGUUUGUAAGAUCAGUGUAGUUGGAACUAGAGUAGUUAAUACAGGUUAGGUUUGAAGAGGUUGAGAGUAGGACAUUGUCAGAGACUGGCCCAAUGAGUUGUGUAGUUUUUUGUUGGGAAGGGGAAUUAUACUUGCCCUGUAACAGCCAGGUUGAAGGUAAAGGAAUUGCUAUGUGUGGUGAGGGAGACAGUGACAUGCAUAUCCAACACUGGGAUGUGUGUUGUGUGUAUUGGAAGAAUUGGAAGGAAGAGUUUAGAAGGCGGGUAAGGUGUUGGUUGCCAGAGGGAGGUUUUAGGAGAGGCCAUAAUUGGGAAAGAAGGUCUAGGUAUUUAUAUGUCUCAGGGGUAGCCUGUAACCAGGAAAUUAUGUUCUUUUUGACUUGUUCUUGUUUCUUUUCCCGAUUUUGAUCUAGUACCCUGCCCCUGUCUGAGUACCCCCAGUGGGUAAUUGGAUAGAAACAUAUGUUUCUUCCAUUUGGCUUAUGGCAGAUACUCAUGUAACUCCCUUUCUUUUGUACUUUAACAGUGAGUAGGGAUUUGGACUUCCCACCCCCGAGGUUCAAGGUGCAUGGUUUUGGAGCUGUAUUAUAACAUAAGGAAUGUACAUAGGAAUAAAUGUCACAGCAGGGGCAGGGAGUAGCCAGAAGGCUGGGGAGUGCAGCAACGAUAAGGAACAGAGGAGUCAUGGGGCUUUUAGUUAGGCAGUGCAGAAGAAAUAGCACCCUAGGAGUAGAACACAGCUAGCAAUGUAGGCAAUACCCAAGGAAAGACGAAGGAUAGGUGGCCAGUCCUGAGGGGAGACAGUUACUAGGCCUAUAGCAAGGAUUAAGAUUAAGAGUGCUAUUAUAGUUAGAGAAACAGGGAGAGGCUAGUCAGGGCGAGGGGAAAAAGGCCCCAAGUUGGUGGUUGUUUGAAUCUGAGGGAGAACAGUGUUCAUUAGGAUGUAGAAUGAUGUAGAGAAUGAGAGUAAAGAAAUCAAUUUCGUCUAGAGUCAGGUUGUAGGAGGUUCCCUGGAGCCACAGUUGAGACACCAGUGUAGUCAAAUCUUUGAAGGAGGGUCUGUCAGGGCACUGGUCCAGAGGUCUUGUAGUAGUUGGGUCAGGAACAGUUGUAGGUUGAAGAGAGACCAGGUCAUUCAGUGUCCUCUUGGAUGGUUGACAGAGGUUGUCCCUGGGUGAAUUUUAAGGAGGUGGGUCCUGUGAGGGAGACCUGAUAGGGGUCAGUUAAGGAGGGCAGCACAGGAUCAGAGGUGACCUGUUUCAGGCAAGACAGGUGUACCCAGGAGGUGACCUUCUCGAGUUUUGCUGCAGUUGGAGUAAGGAGGAUGAUUUUGAAUGGUCCCUGCUACUUUGGGGUUAGGUCACCCUGGGGAUUAUCAGACAGAUAGACCAUGUCCCCAAUUUGUAAAGGGGGCAGGGAGGCUUGGGGGUCAGUGGCAGGCAAGUUGUGGUUGACAUAUUUCCAGAGGGCAUUGCGGAGUUCCGCCAGCAGAGGGGAGUGUAAGAAGCUUGGUAUGGGAGGAGCUUCAGGGGGGCGUCCAGGAGGGAGCAUGGGCCUUCCAUACAUCACCUCAAAGGGGCUCGGCCCAGGGGCUUUCUGGGCAAAGCCCGUAUUCUGAAGAGAACAAUUGGCAAAAGUUUAGUCCAAUCCAGAUGUACUUCAAGGGUUAGUUUGGUAAGGGUUUCUUUGAUUAUUCUAUUCAUCCUUUCUACCUUUCCUGAGGACUGGGGAUGGUAUGGAAUGUGAAAUUUCCAGGGUAUCUGUAAGAAUUGGACAAGUUGUUGGGUGACCUUGGAUGUAAAUUCCAGGCCAUUAUCAGACUGUAGGGAUGAAGGCAGGCCAAACCUGGGAUAAUUUCUGUGAGGAGGAUUUGGGCCACGGUAUGGGCUCUUUUGUUUGUAGUGGGAAAUGCUUCUACCCAUCCCAAAAAGGUGUCCACAAGAACCAGGAGGUAUCUGACUCUCCGGACCAGGCACAUAUGAGUAAAGCCUAUCUGCCAAUCCUGUGCUGGGAGGCUGCCUCGCAUUUGAUGGGUUGGAAAGGAUGUCAGUUUAAGGUUGGAAUUGGGGUUAGUACGUUGACAUGUUUGAUAGGAGCAGGUAAGAUUAUCUAAAUAUUGUUGGUCAGCAUUGGAUAUGGGGACGUGGUUAUGGAGGAACUGUUGGAAUGUCUUGGAUGAGGGAUGAAAAAGUGAGUGUAGACAAGAAAGGAUUUCUCUGGUGGUGGGAGUGUUGGGAGGAGUCAGAGCUAAGAUGACAGGGGACUGGAGGGAAGGAUGGGACAGGGCUAUCUCCUUUGCCUUCUAGUCUGCAUCAUUGUUGUAGGCUGAUAUGAGACUUCCCUUUUGAUGCCCCCUACAGUGGAGGAUGGCGGCUUUGUUUGGUAAGAGUGCUGCCUCUAGAAGUUUGUAGAUAAGGUCUGAAUUAAUAAUGGGGGAUCUCUUUUGGGUUAGGAAACCUCUUUCCAUAUUAGGAUGUUUGAGUGAAGUACGUUAUAGGCAUAUUUGGAGUCUGUGUGGAUGUUAACCUUUAGAUUUUUAGCCAGAGUUAAAGCUCUGGUGAGAGCUAUCAGUUCUGCUUGUUGGGAAGUGGUGUGAGGUGGCAGAGGUGAAGCUUCAAUUGUCUGGGUUCUGUGAUUGUGACAAAGGUCCCCCUGGAUGAUGGCAUAUCCUGCUGCAAAAGGUGGGGAUUUUUGAGAACUGCCAUCAAUAAACCAGUGUGGGGUGUCUGGGUCUAGGAUGGGUUGACCUGUUAAAUGUUGGAAGGGGUUUGGGUAAGAUCUACUGUUAGGCUGCAGCUAUGUAGGAGGGAGUCUGUUGCAGAGGACAUGGGUAAUAAGCUGUCGGGGUUAAGGGGAGAGCAGGGGGAGAAUGAGAGCCGAGGGUCUAGGAGAAAGGCAAGUAGGACCUGUACCCUGGAAGGGGGAAGGGAGAGGAAAGCCCGAUGUGAUAGUAAGUCUCGGAAGGUGUGUGGAGAACAGACUGUUAAAGGGGCAUGUCUAAAGAGUUUGUUUGCUUCAGGUACGAGGGCUGCGAUAGCAGCCAUGGCCUGUAUACAGGGAGGCCACUCCUUGGUCACUAUGUCAAGCUGUUUUGAUAGAUAGGUUAUGGGAGCCCAGGUGUCUCCGGUCCGCUGACACAGAAGUCCCAGGGCCUGUUCUUGGUUGGAAUGUGCAAAGAGAAAGAAUGGUCUGGUGUGAUCUGGCAGGUGGAGAGUUGGCACUCAGAGGAGGCUCUGGGUGAGCUGAUGAAGAGGAUUGGCCAGUGAGGAGGGGUUAAAGAGGGGCUCAUCCAGACAUCCUUUAGUUGCCUUAUAGAGCGGCUUUGCAAUGAGGGAGAAGUUAGGGAUCCAGAUAUGGAAAAAGUUUAGGAGGCCGAGGAUUGACAGGAGCUCCCUUUUCGUUUUUGGAAGUGGACAGUUAAUUAAGGCCUGGAUUCUAUCUGGGGGAAUAGUUCUUUGUUGAUGGGAUAUGGAGAGCCCCAGGUAGGUGACGUUUGUCUGGGCUAUUUGGGCCUUAGACUGGGAUACCCGAUAACCCCAGGAUCCCAGGGCCCCAAGGAGUUUGGCAGUAUGUUGGAGGCAGAGUUUUUGGGUUGGGCUACAAAGGAGGAGGUCAUCUACAUAUUGGAGGAGAUGACUCGGGGCUAGGUCGAGUGUCUGUUGGUCUUUUUGUAAAGCCUGUCCAAAAAAGUGGGGACUGUCUCUGAACCCGUGGGGGAGAACUGUCCAUGUUAGUUGUUGGGAAACGUGAGUCUCGGGGUCUUUCCAGGUGAAGACGAAAAGGGGUUGGGAGUGGGGGUGGAGGGGGAUGGUGAAAAAGACAUCUUUGAGAUCUAAUACCGUGAAGUGGGUGCAGUCAGGGGUAUGGUAGACAGAAGGGUGUAAGGGUUAGGGACCACUGGGAAUGUCGAUGUGAUGGCCUCAUUGACUUUUCACAGAUGCUGGACCAGUCUCCAAGAGUUUGGUCCCUCCCUUACUGCCAGAAUAGGGGUGUUGUGUGGUGAAUGGGUAGGAAUUAGGCUAGAGGCUUGAAGAAGAUGGUCUAUGAUAGGCUUAAGUCCCUUGUGGGCCUCCAGGGUGAGAGAGUACUGUUGUUGGGUGAUUAUAGUCCAGGGGUCUUUUAGGGUAAUGUGGGCUGGGGGAUGAUGUUUGGCUAUGGAUGGGUGAUCAGUGUCCCAGACCUGGGGGUCUAAGGCGGGUAGAUCUAAGGGAAGGUCAGGGGUGAGGGAUAGGGACCAUCCAGGUGUCAUCUGCAUGCAGAAUAUAUAGACUGUAUCAAGGUGGGGUAUGGUAAUAAAGACCCCUAAUUUGGAUAACAAAUCUCUCCCUAGGAGUGCCAUUGGGUACUGAGGCAUUAUGAGGAAUGAGUGUAUAAGGGUCGAUUUUCCAAACUGACAGAGUAAUGGAGGGCUGAUUUUUUGCCUUAGAGGAACUCCAGAGACCCCCUUGAUUGUGAGUUCUGAGUCUUGAGUUGGGCCAGAGUAGGAAGUUAAGAGAGAGAAAGUGGCUCCAGUGUCUACUAUAAAAGAGGUCUUUUCCCUGGCCACUACCCCAUCUACCCUAAGUUCCAAGCUCGUGUUCAGGACACGGGCUUGGGGGGCUGGAACCCAGCCCCUGUCAUUGCAACAACUCUCGUAGGGUUGGGCUGGGGUUCUGGGGAGAAGUGGGGAUCUCCGCAAGGGCACCAGGGUGUCGCUGUGGACAUUCCACUCUCCAGGUCUGGGAGGUGGGACCUCCCCAGGGGUGCCAGGGCAUCCCUGGGGACAGUCCAUCUUCCAGUGUCCCCAUUGGCCACAGGUUGGGCAUGAUUUUGCCCAAUGUCCUGACCGGUUGCAUUGGAAGCAGGGUCGGGGGGAGGGGGUCUUAAGCCCCGUUCUAGGAUGACUUGGGCCAAGCUGAUCUCAUCCCUUAAUUGCUGCCACCAAAAAGGCAUAUUUAGUUUUUCUCUCACGUUCUUUUUCUCUCUUAGCCUCCUCCUCCCUAUUAUUGAACACCUUGAGGGCUACUUCUAGAAGGUCUCUUUGGAGGGUCUCAGGGCCCUUUUCUAGUUGUCAAAGCUUGUGUCUCAUGUCAGGGGCGGACUGGCUGAUGAAUUGAACGUGAAGGUAGAGUAACCCAGCAGGCGUGGUAAUAUCUAGGUUGGUAUACCUCUGGACUGCCUCUGUGGGGCGUGCCAAGAAUAGGGCGGGAUUUUCAUCUGCCCCUUGGGUGAUUUCUCUGACUUUAUCAUAAUUGACAUGGAUAUGAGUAUUUUUCUACAUUCCUUCUAGAAUGCAGGUAAUCAUAUGAUUGAGUCUCCUGAUACCUGGGUCACUGGGCUGGUAAGUCCAGUGGGGAUCUAAUGGAGGCACCACCUCAUCAGCCACUGGGCUAUCCCAGUCUUGGUUAUGUAAAUGAUCACCGUGGGCUUUUGCUGCUUGCCAGAUAUGGUCUUUUUCGUCAGUGGUGAGAGUGGCAUUUAAGAUAUAAUAUACAUCACUCCAUGUGAGGUUAUAGGCCUGGGAGAGUCUCAGGAAUUCUUUUCUGUAUCUGGUAGGAUUUUCAGAAAAUGAUCCUAACUUUUCCUCUAUCUGGCUCAUAUCUGACAAUGAAAAUGGCACAUGGACUCGGAUGGGGCCCUCUGGUCCUGCCACCUCUCUCAGGGGAAACAUGUGUUGGGUACGUGACCAUGUGGCAGGGGGGGAAGGGGGGAGUGGGAGUCGGGGAGAUGGGGUAGUGGGGUCAAGGGGGAGUCAGGAGAGGUUUCCGGGCCAGUAGGUGAGUUGGAUGAAGGGGAAGGAGAGGGUUGGUGGGGUAGCGGGUAGGGAGGGGGCUCGUCCGCCAGGUCGAACUCCGGGGGUGCAGAAGGUCACGGUCUGCGGUUAGUUGAGGAAGAAGAGCCCUUUUGCUUGGGAGGCAAGGUGCAUAGAAGGACCUCGUGGGUGGAGCAAGCCUUGCAUAGGGAGGGCCUGUUCUGAAGGGCCCAAAAGGCUUGGGCAUAGGGCACCUCCGACCACUUGCCAUUCCGUUUAAGGAAGUCUGUGAGAUUUUGAAGAAUGUUAAAUGUGCCAGCUUCAGGCCAGUGGUCUUGAUUGUCUAAUUGGUAUUGAGGCCAAAUCUGUGUACAGAGUUGUUUUAAACGCUUAGCUUUGAGUUCAGUGAAUGCAAGUGGUUUGAGAUUUUUGAGAACACGGGUCAGAGGGGAAUCUUUUGGGACAGAUUGGCCAGACCCCACAAUUGAAAGGCAGCAGAGGCUCCUACUGAGAGCUCGAGUCAUCACCCGUAGUUGCAAUAGGAGUUAUGAGAGCUCUGUGUCGAGGUGGAGAGUCCCCCACCAUCGCCUACAGAGUGGCCCUGGGCCAAGGGUCCCCGGGACCCGGAGAGGACUGAGUUCUAGGGUGCCUCUAGAACACUGUCCGGAUCUUACCUUAGUCUAGGGGCCGGCUUGAGUGGAGUGUUGCAUGUAGAGCAGUCUAAUGGCAAGAGUUCCCUAUUCCGGAGGUAGUCAGAGAGAGAGAGAGGGAAAGCAGGUAGAGCCGAGGCCUACCCUGGAAAAGGGAACCGCUACCCACUACAGUAUUUUGGCCUGGAGAAUUCCAUGGACAGAGGAGCCUGGCAGGCUGCAAUCCAUGGGAUUGCAAAGAGUCUGACACGACUGAGUGACUUUCACUGUUACUUUUCAGUUCUCUGCUAAAAGUUCAGAGUUGUCUUUUAUUUAUCCUAUCACAGAAAACAAAAUUGUUUUUUUGGUCUACAUCUGAUAAUUACAAUUUCUUAAGUCAUUUCCUGACCCCUUUUCCUUUUUGUUGUUUCAUAUAAUUCUUAUUCCUUUUUAGUUUCCUGUGUAUUCCAUUAUCCUUAUCUGGGCCUUGGAUACUACAUUUGAAAAGUUAAGAAUGUUUUUUGCGCCAUAGAGUACAUACUUAGGAAAUUUACAUUUGCUUUUGACAGACACUUUGGGAGUAUUGCAAUCCAGGAUACAGUUUAUAACCCAGGUUUACAGUUUGAGAAAAGCAGUUUGAUCCAAAGUUGUUAUCUGCCUUGGGUUAUUCUCACUUAAGGUUGUAUCUCUUUGGAAUUCCAGCUUCUUAUGAGAGGGGCUUAGGCCCUCAGUUUUAUUUCUGUAUCAGUCACCCUGAUAAUCAAUAAAAACAAAGGUUCUAAUUUUUCAAGAUCAGCAAGAACACUUCAGAGGAAAUGUGGCUUUAGAAUUUGCUUUCCAUGCUGAAUUUUCAUUCCUGUUUCAUUUAAAGGAAAAUUGUGGUAAAAUAUACAUAAUGUAAAAUAUAUAACAUAAAAUUUACCAUUUUAACUGUUUUUAAGUGUAUAGUUCAGUGGCAUUAAGUAUAAUAUAUUCCCAUUGUUGUACAAACAUCAGCACUAUCCGUCUCCUCAACUUUUUCAUCAUCUCAUAGUGAACCCAUUACACAAUAUUCUCUUUAUCUCACUCACCUCAGCCCCUGGUAACUGCUGUUCUACUUUGUAUGAGUUUGAUUAUUCUAAGUACCUCAUAUUAGUAGAAUCAUGUAGUAGUUGUAUUUUUGUGUCUGGCUUGUUUCACUUAGCAUAAUGUCAUUAAGGUUCAUGUUAUAACAUGUACCAGAAUCUCACUCCUUUUUAAGGCUGAAUAAUAUUCCUCUCUCUGUGUGUAUGUUUGUGUGUACUCAUACCACAUUUUGAUUAUCAACUCAUCUACCGAUUGGAAACUUUACUUGUUUCUACUUUUUGGCUGUUGUUUAUAAUGUUGCUAUGAACAUGGGUGUACAAGUAUCUGUUUGAAUCCUUGCUCUUAUUUCCUUUGGGUAUAUACCCAUGGGUGGAAUUGCUGGAUCAUAUAGUAAUUCUAUUUUUAAUUUUUUGAGGAAUCAAUGCACUAUUUUCCACAACAGCUGCACCAUUUUACAUUUUCAUU